AUGUCAAUUUUUUCCACACCUCUUAAAAGCGGAAUUGAUUAUACGCAGGGAGUAGGAUUACCUUUAAGUGAUUCAAUUGAGGGUCAGAAUCAAACAAAAUUAACGAACAAUCAAGGCACAUCGAAUUCAGUGGCAACUGCGAAUUACAAUGGAUUUUCGGGUACGAACAGUCUUUUACCUUCAAAUACUCAGGGACAUGUGCGUGUGACUGGGUUUGACAAAAAACAGCCAUUGGAACUUGCGAAUUUCUACGUGGACAACUUACAACGUGAAGAUGCAAGCACACCGGUGUUGGAUGAAAGAUCCUAUUACAACAAUGGGGUAACGUAUAAUUUCACGAAGGAAGUUGGAGGUCUGGGAGCGUUCACGCCGUUCGAAAGAACAGAAGUGAUCAACAUACCAGAUGAAUUGCUGCAAGAGGCCAGUAAAGCAGAAAUGAAAAAUGAUAUGGGUCUGUUCCCCGAGCUUAAUCGAUGCUGGAUAACCAUAGACAACAAAUUAGUGCUGUGGAAUAUCAAGAAUAGCGCGGAUUAUCAAUCGAUAGACGACAUAAAGCAUCCGAUUCUAGCCGUCGGUUUGGUAAGGCCGAAACCCAAGACUUUUGUCGAAAAUAUCAAUCAUCUUUUGCUUAUAGCUACCCCGUUUGACAUUUAUGUUCUUGCGGUGUCAUACGAUGAAACGACCGAAGAAAUCAAUGUCUUCAAUACCGGCAUAUACGUCUCGGUCAACGGACUGGACGUAUCAGCUUUCAUCGCAUACGAGAGAACUGGUCAGAUAUUUUUCGUGGGCAAUGGAAGCGGUAACCAUGUUUGGGAAUUGCAAUAUUCAAAGACCGACGACUGGUUUAAUAGUAAAUGCAACAAGGUUUGUUUGACUAAAUCUGCCCUAAGCAGCCUUAUGCCCGUUAACCUUAUCUCUAAAUUACCUGGCAGUAAUUUGCUCCAAUCAUUGUUCGAAGAUGACCAUAAAAAUGGGCAAGAACGCAUCAUACAAUUGACUGCUGAUCAAUCGAGAGGCGUUCUUUAUACCCUUUCCAGUAGAUCUGUCGUGAGGGCUUACAAGAUCAACGGGAAAAGUCUGGAUGGACCGCUGACCAUUGAAACUUCCUAUAUUAAGAGAAUCAUGGGUACUACAGCUGCCAGGGGAGCUCCUAUUCUUGGGAACAAAUAUCUGAAGAUAUCCAAGAUUAUAGCAAUUUCUUUGCAAGAGAAUUCCAAUUUGUUUUUAGUAGCAAUAACAAUUGGAGGUGUUCGCCUCUGUUUCAAUGGUUCUUUGACUAGGACCAGUGUCGAGGCUUUAAGGCUGGAAUCCAUCAAAUUCCCUCCUAGUUCCGUAACGCCGGAAGCAUUGGAGCAAGAAAUACAACAGCAACAACAAAAGAAAUUAGUACCAUUUUAUUCAUCACUAACUUCAAGCGAAACUGUCGUGCUAAAAUUUCAAAAAAAAUCGUCUGUACUUCUGGAAACAAGUUCAGCAAGUACAAUUAUCUCACCAGGCAUCUUCGUGUGUCCUGUGCUAAAGACUUUAAACCAAGAUGUAACACAGGCAAAUCAAAAUGCUCAGCAACAGUUGCUUCCAGAUGAACAACAGCAGCGGGCAAAUGCAUCAAAGCACAAUCUCAAAAGGACGAUCCAAAAUAAGCUCUUGGUCUCGAUACCUGAUUACGGUAUUUUGAAAAAUCAUAGCAAAUAUGUGGAAAAUUGUUGCAUGUUGGACACAACAACUCCCGUCAGACAUAUAGCGCCUAUUACGCCCCUAUUCAAUGCUACUAAUAAACCGGAAGGUUACGCUAAUGAGUUUGCGACGCAAUACAGUGUUCAGCCCUUGAGCAUUGCAGUACUCACGAGUACUACUUUAGAAAUCUACAGAUAUCGUACUCCUGAUGCAGUAUUUGAGACACUAAUUGAUAAUCCACUCCCGUUCGUUCUCAAAUAUGGGUUAACGGAGGCUUGCUCUACGGCUCUUUUUGUGACUUGCAAAUUCAAUAAGUCCGAGACUUUGAGAUCGAAGGCUUUGACAUUCUUCACCGUGGGCAUUCCGGGUGCUAUAGAUAUCAAGCCAAAGUACAGCGUUUUCAAUGCUUCGGCAGUCACAUCAUUGCUGACAAAACCUUCCAUGAUAUCAACACCACAGAAAUUGGUGUUGAGUGGCGCCGAUGGCAAUCCUUCAAAUUCUAGCGGCCCGGGCUCUGGAAACUAUAGCCUUGACAAUGUCAUACUAUCGCCCAGAUUUUACGGUGCAGCUCUUUUGAUUGCUCGCAUGUUUAGGGACAUUUGGAACAAAGCUGUAUUCGAAACGAACAUUAAUGCCAAGUUCGAUUCACAGUCACAAUUAAUCAAAAGUUCAGCCACCGAAGAUAGCAUUAUAAGCGGUGUUUCCAUUCUUAAAUCAGAGAUAGAGUACCACCUGUCUUCUAUCAUGAUAAUAAACGAAUUUUUCAAUACCUACGGGAACUCGAUCUCCAGCAUUUCAGUUUCUCCAUUCCACUCCGGCAAAGCUGCGGAUCGGUCUGAGGAAGUGGCAAAUCAGGCGGAGAAUAUAGCCAUAAACUCUUUGAUAAAACUCACGCAAUCCAUGAAGGAAGCACUUUCCUUUCUAAACGUGCUUUACGAGGAGAGCGAGGUCGAGGGAUUCGAAGGCCAAUACGUUGCAUUUAAGGAGAUCAUCAAGUACUUAAACGUCGAUCAUCAAAAUGAACUGAGAAAAUUGACCUUCAAAGAGAUAUUUGCUCCGAAUCACAGGCAGAAAGACCUAGUCCGCGAGAUUCUCUCAUCGAUAAUAAACCGUAAUAUAUCUAAAGGAGGGUCAAUCGAGUACAUCGCAAGCGCAUUACAAGAGCGGUGUGGCUCUUUCUGUUCUAGUGGUGACGUCCUUGGUUUUAGAGCUGUUGAACACUUGAGAAAGGCUAAAGAGAUUGGCUCGAGAGACAUGGAAGCCGCCAAGUUCCACUUGGAGAAUGCGAUUAAGCUUUUUGGAACUAUUGUGGACAACAUUUCUACUGAGAAGCUCAAAGAAGCGGUCAACAUAAUGCUUGGUUUGAAUUAUUUCCCUGGUACCAUCGAAUUUUUACUGAAUAUUGCCAAUUCUAUCGACAAAGGUAAACUUGCUUAUCAGUAUGUUGCUGACGGAUUUCUUGAAGAAGAUGAGAGGAAGACGUUUUACGAGAAGAGACUGGUCAUUUAUGACAUGGUUUUCGAAACGCUCGUUCGCAUCGAUGACCUCUCAUCCGCCGCUCCAGCCUUUUCGCCUUCAGGCUUUGGUGAUGGCAACGAUUUGGCGCAUCUUCGAGAAGAAAGUUACAAAACGGCUUUAAAUUAUAACGAUAAAUUAUUCCACUAUGAAUUGUAUGAUUGGCUCGUGUCUCAGAAAUCUCAGGAUAAGCUGUUGCAACUGGAUACGGAAUUCAUACUGCCAUAUCUGAAAGAAAAGGCCAAAAAUUCAUUGGAAAUCUCGAAUUUACUUUGGGUUUAUCUUUCCAAAAGAUCUCAAUUUCUGGCCGCCUCGGAAAUACUGUAUUCUUUGGUCAUUUCCGACUUCGAAAUUCCGCUAGCCCAACGAAUAGAGUACCUAUCAAGGGCAAACGGAUUUUGCAACGGUGUUUGUACUCCAAGUGAGAGACAAGAGAUGAUUCAGCUUGCUGGAAUGAUACAAGAAAUCUUUGACGUUGCUGCAAUUCAAGACGAUAUCCUGAAUCAAGUGAAGAGCGAUAAUCGUGUGUCUCAAGGUACCAAGGAUGAGCUUUGCAAACAACUGGACGGGAAAAUAUUACCAGUGAGCGAUUUGUUCAACGAUUUUGCAGACCCGCUUGGUUAUUCGGCCAUAUGUUUAGCCAUAUUCAAGAUUUCGGAUUUCAGAAAUAACGAAGAAAUUCUUUCGAAAUGGAUGGAAUUAUUCAACAAAUUGAAGGAAGAAUUGGUCUUGGGAGGGGAUUCCGGCCCCGAAGCGACAACUAAUUUCAUACAGCUUUUAUCUGCCGUUGUUAUUAGAAUUGGCAGGAAUGUGAGGACUUCAGAAUUUGUCUUCCCCGUGGAAGAUUUGUUGCCAAUAAUUUCUGAUUUGUUUCAAGAUAAUCUAUCGCAGCAGCACAUCAACGCGGGUUCAGUCACUUCGAUUUUCAUCACGGCGGGUGUCCCAUACGACAAAAUGUACUAUUUGUUGAAAAAACUGAUCGAAACCGCCGAGUCUAAUAGCGAAAUUUAUCAAAAAGAGAUGGUAUGGCUUAUUAAGGAAUGGUAUGCGGCUGAUCGUAAGAUAAGGGACAUAUUGGAUUAUGAUGAAGUCCGCAACUUAACCGCAUAUAGCAUUGAGAAGGAUCCCAUUGAAAAUUACGCCAAACGGACCGGGAAUUGCAUAUAA